AUGUCGAUGGGCGACCUCAUCCAGAGCUUACUGGGCGACCUCCAGGUUAUACCCUCGCACAUAACCUGGCAUCACACUGCGCAAAUGGCCGACAUGGAAGAGGAGGUCACAUUCCAAGGAGCCAUCGAUGAGGCCCGCUCAGCGAUCGUUUCCACGAGGUUCUUUGACUGGCGCUCUAAAGGCACCAUCAAACUCCCCAAGGAGCCCUCAAGGAAGCUCAAGGAGGAGUUCGCAAAGCUACCGGCAAAAGAGAGGGUGUGGGUUGUGGACCUCCUCUUGCAAACCUACUUGCGCCGCCUGUUCCUGGUAGCAAACCUUGCCAGCUGCCUCCUCUUCGUCGUCUAUGUGAAGGUCGUAUGGCCCCAAUUGGCAAUGUUGGCCAUCUGGGCUGUUUUGGCCGCCAUUGUGUUCUUGGCAUUCAUCCGUGAGUACAUGCUCAUGAUGCAUGGGUUUGCACCCACUGUUGCUUACGCAAACCUGACAGCGAACCUGGCGGAGUUUGCCAAGGUUAAAGCUGAAAACCAGAAACUGGUUUCUGAAGCGGCCAAGACUUUAACAAGUCUGGAAGCUACGGAACGCCGCAUCAACAGCCUCCGGGAGAAACUCUACGGGGAGCUGGAAGACCUUGGGAAGGUCUACCAUGAGCAACUUGCCAAGUUCAACUUGACAAGCUAUCUCGGUGAAACACAAAUCGGGACCGUGAAGAGUCUGUUGAAAACCUUAUCGACCUCAGGCGUUGACGCCGAAACACUGAGGUGCUUUGGGUCCGACCUUGCAUAA